AUGGCGACCACCUCAUCGUUUGAACUUCCUGAGGAUGCCACAUCAUUCGACCUUUACCUUUGUGGGGCUUCACUUAGCUCUGUGGGUUUUCCACCUAUAGGCGGAUGCACCGUUAGUGCUGUCAAAGGUCUUCUGAGAUCAGAGCUUGAUGGCAAAGUUAUCGACGAGUCUAAUCUUAAGAAGAUGAAAUUCACCGAUUCCAUCUUUCUUACAACACAUCGACAAGAUCAAGUACCAUUAAAAGGACAGUUUAGGAAAAAGAGCAAGACGAAGGACCCAGAGAGCAUUGAUACAGAUGCCACUGACUUGAUUGACUUGGACGAAGAAGUUGAGGGUUUGGAUUCUCAUGGUUCAACAAUCUUUUCCCAAGGGACCGAUGGCACCUGGAGUGACGACAAAUACAAGGGCAGUGAAAAUACAGGAUCAAAGAGGAAACAAAAGAAGUGUUCGACAGAGAGAGACUUACAGUACCUAUUCCAUGCCAUUCAGUGGGCCCUGCGCAAUCGAAGCAGAUACCCAUCAAAACUUCCCUUCGAGAUCUCGCCUAUCAAGCGGUACUGGUCUGCAGAGUUUGCCAACUCUCCCAUACAAGACCCAUACAAUGCUCAGAAGCCGGAUGUAGCCCUGUUCUAUUACAAGAACAAACAUCGGGAAAAAACAUGGGCUGACGUCUUGAGCUUUGUGGAACACACUUCUAGCAACCUCGCUGUAACGCAUGACUUAGCAGUGUAUUGGGGAUCUGCCACCAAAGCGUACCUCAUCAUGCAAGAGCAACCCUGGCAUCGUUUCAUUCUUGCUUACUCUAUUUGCGCAGACAACCUUCGCGCCCAUUAUUUUGACCGCUCGGGGCUCAUCAUAUCCCUUCCGACCCCAAUCCAUAAAUUUCCCAUACGUGUUACCGAGGCAGUAGCCACAACUGCAUUAGCUGACCCGCAGUACUUGGGUCUCGACCCAACCAUCCAUAUGUGCAUCCCUGAUUGUCAGGGUACUCAUCCCUCUCUCACUGUGGGGGCAAAAGGAUGGGUAAUUAACAACAGCAGUAAAACUUACUCAAUCAUGGACACUUUAUGGAAAAGUCAGGGUUUUUUCUGUCGCGGGACUGUUUGUUAUCGCGUCAGAGAUCCUACCAACCCGGACGGGAAGGAUUAUGCAAUGAAGGACUGCUGGGUGCCUGAGGCAAAGAGGUAUCAUGAAGUGGAUGUCCUCGAGCGCAUCAAGGGCAUUCCUAAUGUCAUUGAACUCGUGGAUCAUUGGGAUGUCAUAAAGGAGCUGAUCUGUGCUUUUCGUGACUUUGUCGUUGCUCAUAGACUCAUGGUCGAACGUGGAAUUCUACACGGGGACCUGAGCCUGAACAAUUUCAUCAUCUAUGAGGGUAUCGGGCACUUCAUUGAUUUUGAUCAUGCUGGAUUUAUAGAGAAAGGCAAGGCCUCUAUGAUUUCAUUUGGCACUGGGACCAUCCCAUACAUCUCUAUGCGUGUCCUCAAGAUGAUGUCCAGGAAUGCCGAGACCAUGAAAAAGACUGCUGAUGCUAAUCAGCUGCACCCAAUUGAACACCAUGUGUGCGAUGACCUCAAGUCCAUGUUUUACAUCUUUUUCAAAUUUGUUGCCAAGUAUGGGGGGGCACAUGGCAUACUCGCACCGACAUGGGAUAAGCUGGCGAUGCCAUGGUCAGACGCCUAUGAAAACUUAGGUGCCAGUGGUUUGCUUACCACUUUCUUGUCUAAGAAGGGAGCCAUAUUCAAAGGCGACUUUUUGAUGGACAGAGUCUCCGAAUAUUUUUCAGAAUUCAGACCUCUAGUUGAUGAAUGGCACGGUCAAAUCCACCUCACGUAA